AUGGCUGUGCUGCACUUUGUCAUUGCUGCCAGCGCAGUGCUUGCGCAGCGAGUCGCAGCGGUGACGACGAAGGCACCGCAUGCAGCGCAGUCGACUCUCGCACUACCGGUCAAGCUGUCCCGCCGAUCUUUGCUGGCGCUGACAACAUGCGCGGUGCCGCUGACGCCGCUGCGCGCGAGCGCCGGGCGCGUCGAGGACAUGCUUGCGACAGAUACCGCCACGAUGCUGGAGGACCCAGCAAACGCCGUGCGCGGGCCGGUGGCGCGGACCGUGCAGACGUCGAAGCUUGGUGUGGCUGUUCGUAGAGCCGUCGUGCGCAGCGCGCAGAUAGACGAUGCCUUGGACGCGCGGUGGGACGCGCUAUCGUACAAGCUGCGGCCGAAACAGGAGCCGCCGGCGCCGCGGCCGCCGCCGAAGCCGGUCGACGCCGCCUUCGCGGAGGCGACGCGCAAAUGCGGCAUCGACGCCUGUUGUGCGGCAGCACGCGUGUCGCAGCGGGCCGUCGAGGAUGCGAUCGCGGCCGGGCGCGACACGUACGCGUCGCUCUACGAGGGCAAGUCCGCGUUCGGCCUGGAGACGUACGCGGCGUUUCGGGCGUUCAAUUCGUUCCUCAAGGACGAUGCCGCUGCGGCUCGAUUCGAAGCCGCGCUGGGGACUGCGCUCCUCGAUGGCGGCCCUUACUCAUCAGCGCGGCCAGCACGGCCGGCGCACGCGUCACAGAAAGACCUCGAGUCCGCGAUUGCAGGAUGUGUUGAUAUUCUCAAAAUAUCGAAGGCGGCGAACCUCUGCGGCCAGAUAGAGGUCUCACCGCCGGACGCCGAGGACCUCGCGGAUCUGGCGUCGCGCAAGGCGUGGGGUGAUGAGAACAAGGACGUGACGAACCCGGCGCCGCAGCUCCAGCUGUCGGCCAAACUCGUCGACGCGGCCGAAUUGCCCCCGAGACUUAUGCUCGAGACGCAAGCCAAACGACUCGGCCUGCGCGUGCUGCCCGACGCGACGGCGUCGGCGCUCCGCGCGUAUCUGCUGCGCUGCGGCGCGCGGCCGGUCUGCGAGGAGUACUUCGUCGACGACGUCUACCGGACGGCGUUCGACAAGGACGACUACAGCACGGUGCAGCUGGAGGUGUUGAUUAAUUGAUUGUUGGUGUGAUUCAAAAGUAAUUUAGUGUGUACAAACCGCGUCGCACGUCGGCCCGCAGACGCCGCAUACCUCCAGACCGGCUAGACACGCGAUCGGCGCGACGACACUCGCGAACGCGGGCCGCGGGGCCAGCCCAAGGAAGGUGGCGCAGGCUGCUCCGACAAACACGAGUGUCCGGAGGAGCCAUCGAUGACCGUGCCGGCGCGGUUCCGGGAUCGGGUCGGGCUCCUUUUCGACGGCCUUGGACGCGUCCAGGGCCCACACCGCGAGGGAGAUGGACUCGGCGGCCAGCGCGUCCGUCGCAGGCGUCGCGGUCGGAAUGGCCGGCGGUUCCUCGGCGAUGGGCGAGAGAGGAGGAGGCGUGACUGGCCGACUGCCCUCCCGCGAUGGACUCCCUGCGAUGUACGCGGCGUCCGCCUCGACGGACGAGUCGGCGACAGUUUCGUCGCCCUCGUCGCCGGCCGCCGCGGCCGCAGGAGGCUCCUCUCGCGCCGGCGCCGGCGGCGCGCGCAACAAGUUCCCGCGGGCGCCGAGCGCGUAGUAGUACCGAAAGAGCUCACGUAUCCACUCGAUGAGGCUCGUGGCUCCGAGGCGGCCACGGCCGAGUCUCUCGAACUUGCGCGCGGCCCGCAUGAUCUGUGCGCGGCACGCGCGACGACACAGGCUGAGCAAAUCAAAAUCAAAAAUCAAAUACUGGGGGGACUGUGGUGGUCUAGGCGACCGCGCGGCGUCCCAGGGGUCGUCGCGCCGAGACCGUGUGUCGCGUUCACACGUGUGGCGACUGGCCGUUCGUUAGAACGGCAAGCGGCGCUGCCAAAAAGCUGUAAAACCCGGCUCAUUUUAGCCGUGCGGCGCGCGGCCCGGACUACGGAGCUCGGAAUCGGCAUAUUUAUAGGCCAGGUGCUGCAGGGCCUGAUCGCGUCGUUGGUGGUCCAAGGCGCGCUCCAGAAGCGCGUCAAGUCAGAAAAGGACUUUAAUGUUUAUCAAAAUCAGUUGACCGUGAUGAUGAACAUAACCAUGCGCGCGGCAGUGUAGACCUCCACGCCAUCGCGACGCAAUAUUUUGAUUACCGCGCAGGAACGUCAUCUACAUCUCGCUGGCCAACAUCCCCACGUUCUUCGCAGAAAAAGUUGUUUGUGUCUCCGAGCAGGCCGAGGGCUUGUACUCGGGCCUCGCGUAUUUACUGGCGUCGACGGUCUCGUCUAUCCCCGUCGCGGCGCUCUCGAUCCUCGCCGGCACGCUCAUACAGUACCUCAUCACGGGUCCCGACCCGGUAUACUACCGCUGGUACCUGUUCCCCGAGGUUUACUUGAACGCGUUCUUGCUCUACCUCGCGACCGAUAGUUUGUUCCAAUUCUUUGCAGUCACGCAGAAGUCGUCUGCUGAGGCCCAGAACGUGGCUUUGUUCUUCUUCGGCUUCAUAUCUAUGUUCAAUGGUGUUGCCCCGACGCCUAGCGCGUUCCCUGUCUGGAUUCGGUGGGGGAUUUGGGUGGUGCGCGGCGCAUCAAUCGUCACCAGCGCUCAGCUCACCGGUCGAUGAACGCACAGGUCUCGCCAACGUACUACGCGAUGGCCAAUCUAGUCAUCCGGGGCUUCAUCGACGAGGGCAACGACAACACGGAGAGCAUCACGAACGGCGUGGGCUUCCGCAACGACAUCAGCUACGGAAGCAUCGCGCCGCCGGUCACCUACGUCCUCUUCGCCGCGUUCAUCAUCCUCAUGAAGGCGGCGACGGUCUACGCGAUGCGCGGCCUCAAGCAGGCGAAGUAAUCUAUCAGUCUUAGUACAGGGUAUCUUCGGGGAUAUACACUUCUCCUUCGGAAUUUCAACAGCCCCGGUUUUUCACGCAACUA